GGGGCGUACCGGGAGGAUAAACACACAGGCAGAUUCCGGGACUGACAGACAGACAGACGGCUGCCGCACUUUCCCAAAUUGAAAUUCCCGUAAAGAAGAGAGAGACAUAGAGAGAGAAUACACACAGAGAGAGAGGAGAGAGAGAGAGCGAGAGAGAGAGGGGGGGGACUGCAGAACAGAACAUACAGGGUCUGGAUGAAUAACCAUGGCAACAGCAGCAGCAGCAGGACAAGCGGUGAUAUAAACAUUACUAAACCGCGCAUCCAUCCGCAAACAGCGAUUCACUGAGCAAAAGGCUGGAUCGUCCGCGGAUAUUAGACUGCAUUUCUUCUAAGGUGAUGAGUGGGAUUAUAUCAUGUCUGAAGUACAGGGAACACUGGAGUUUUCUGUAGAGCUGCACAAGUUUCACAAUGUGGAUCUGUUUCAAAGGGGGUUCUACCAGGUACGAGCAGGGUUGAAGGUCUCACCUCGAGUGCCACACAGGUUAAUAGCGACAACACAAGACAAUGCAGGGGAGUGCAGCUUCUCCACUGCAGGGGUUUACGACGGCGCUGUGUACAGCCGCAUCUUUCAGAUCCUUUACCGAAAUGAGGAGAUAGCUGUGAAUGACUGCAUGAUCUUCAAGGUCCACCUUCUAUUGGACGGAGAAAGAGUGGAGGAGGCCCUGAGCGAGGUGGACUUUCAUCUGAAGCUGGAUCUUCAUUUCACUGACAAUGAGCAGCAGCUGGCGGAGAUCGCAACCGUCCCGUUGAUCAGCAGUCGGACCCUCAGCCUCCACUUCCACCCACGGAGAGGCCUCCACCACCACGUCCCCGUCAUGUUCGACUACUUCCACCUGUCCGUCAUAUCCGUGUCCGUCCACGCCUCACUGGUUGCCUUACAUCAGCCGCUAAUCAGCUUUGCACGUACAGGGAAGGGCUCGUGGCUGGGGAAGGGUUCGCCGGAGAGCACGGGCGACGCGUCCACCAUGUCAGUGGAGAACCUGGUGUUCGGGGCCGGCUACUGCAAGCCUGUCGCCUCUGAGGGAAGCUUUUAUGUGCCCAGUGAAAACUGCCUGCAGAGAGCUCAUACGUGGCACCGAAGGCUCUGUCGCCUCCUGUUGGUGGCUCACAGAGGUCUGCACAUGUACUACUCUGCACUGAUGAAGGAAAUCCCACAGCUGCAGCAGACGCCUCUAGACACAGAGGCGCUGCCUGUCGAGGAAACAUUAAAUCAGCUCACAAUAGAAUUACAGCUUCAGGAAGGCCAUGAGAAGGUGGCGGAGCAGAUCAGCAGAGACGUGGGCCAGCUCUGCUCCCAGCUGGCUGCUCUGUGGAGUCGCUUCCUGGAGGCGGCGGUGCUCAACCCCCACAUCCUCUCCUAUCUGGCCCAGGAGCAUCACACGCUCAGGGUGAGGAGGUUUUCAGAAGCGUACUUCUUUACUGAACACCCCAAAGAGAUUUCUCUGACGUUUCAAGAGGAACUAAUCAACAGACAUGGCCAGAUAGCUGCAGAAGUGCGGAGCUCAGACUACCUGACCAAGAUGCCUCCUUUACCCGUUGAGUGCCUGGACAUCGAUGGAGACUGGAACAGUUUGCCCAUCAUCUUUGAGGACAGAUACGUGGAGUCUCCUCUAACAGAGUGGAUCUCAGAUGUGCCAACGCAAACUGAUGAGCGGAGAAACCCACAUCCUGCCAUCACGUCUGCCAACAGAAUCUUCGAAGACGAGGGAGCCAGAUCACCAGCAAUACCCCAGGAUCCCUCGGACAGCGACGACUGCAUCGACCUGCCCACAUAUGUUUCACUGAUGGCAGAGCAGAGUAAAACCAGCAGCAGCAUCAGAAAUAACCUCAAUCCUGUGGGAGAAAGUGCAGAGCUUCCUCAGACAGAAGCAGAAAAUCUAGACAAAGACGAGGAAAAACAAGGUCCGGCUGAAGAGCGACUGAGAUACAUCACAGGAAAGACUUGUGAUGAAGCAGAAGGAGUCCCUCUUCUGUCUUCAAACCACGGUCCCAUUAGUCACUUCAACAACAGCAGCGAUGAGUCUCCUGCUCAUCAAGUCACAAAAGAAACAAACGCGAUUCAAAGUUGUGAUGCGUCGCAAGUUCUUGAACAAAGCAACACAUCAGAAAACAACAACGAAGAGGAGUCCGAUAUAGCCAUGCCUUUAAAUCACUCCAUGGACGAUGAGACUGAGGACGUCCCACUCAGCAGCCUCCCCGUCUCCCAGGUCCACCCAUUCACAUCCCCCUUCCCUGGCGAUCUCAGAAAAGAGAUGCCUCACCGCGCAGGCCUGGUUGGCUCAAAGAUCAUGAAGCGCUCAUCCUCGGUUAUUUCCGACUCAGGUAUCGAGAGCGAACCCAGCUCCGUAGCGUGGCCCGCGGAGGCGCUGAGAGUACGACAACCUCUGGACUUCUCAAGCGAACGGGAGAUCCCUCAACAAAUAGUGAGUCGCCACCCGGUCCAUCGAAGCUCCCUGGAAGGUCUGCAAAUGGAGAGCAACGGCAGUCUUCCGAGCGGCGGCAUACAAGCUUCAUUGACCUCCAUUAGCUCCCUGCCCUACGAAGAAGACCAGCAGCAGAGGCAGCUCAGCAAACUCACCAAGUCGGUUUCGGCACCGCAGAUAAGCAGCCCGGAAGACACUGAGGAAGACUAUGCGCCACUCAGCCAGGAAAUAGAUACCAAGAGCUUUGCGCUACUCCAGGAUUCGUGCAACUGCUCGUCUUUGAAAAGCAAUGUGGCUUCAGAGCAAACAGAAGAAUCACUAUUGGAGACAAGAUCAACAAAUCAUAUGAAUGAGGGCCAUGUUCUCAGGGAGGAUAUUAGCUCUGAACAGUCAGACUCUUUACACUACCUGUCAGAGACGUAUAAGUCAGGGUUAAGUGGUGUGUCUGAAGUGUUGCUGUUACAAGAGGCAGUAGAAAACCCUCAUGUGAAGGAAAGUGCUAGUUCCGUCAGCGAAGGGCCAACUCAUCAAGCACGCAUCAGUGAAGUAAGCGCCUCUCUGGAGGAUGUGCAUCUCAUUGAACUGCAAGGAAACAAACCACGUGCGGAUAACAAUGAUGUCACUAACAGUGGAGAUGAGUGCCAAAGUUCCCAUCAGAGUCUUGGUGUUGAAAGCCAGGAUUGUCUUGAACCCUCCAGAACCCCUCUAGAACCUGACGCUCCACUGAUUCAGCAUUACGAUGACCCCCCCAACAGCACCCCCACCCCCACCCCCACCCAGAGGCCCAGUGAACUCACAGGGCUGGCCAUCAGCGAUGUCACUUUGUCCGCUGAUCUCAAUGGGAUGGCGACCAGCGACAAGGAGCCUUUGGACUGUCAGAACAAACCCCCCAAGAUCCCCAACUCAGGCCUGGCCUUUGUCAAUAAGAAGAUGGUGGAGGUGGUGAACAUGUCGGUGUCCUGCGCCCCGACCUGUCUCCCGUUCUCUUCGGUUCUGAGAGACUCUCCGUCCAUUAGCGGAAUGUCUGCUCGACAAGCUACCUCACCUAUUACCCAUCAGCCCCUGGGGUCUUUUGGAAUCAUCUCAUCAUCUUCACUAAAUCCCUUGAACAUGGAUGAUGAGACCAAUGAACGGAUGCUAAAUUUCUACAAAGCCAAAGAGGAGCUGUUUAAGGAGCUGAGCUUCCAGGCCAGUCUGUACAGCGACCUCCCUCUGCUGGCCUCAGAUCUGCCCUACUUCCCGCCCGAGGAGGACGACGAGGAGUUCGACGACGGCAUACACCUCGUAGUGUGUGUUCACGGCCUGGACGGAAACAGCGCAGAUCUACGACUGGUGAAGACUUUUAUUGAGUUAGGACUUCCAGGAUCCAGGCUGGACUUCCUCAUGUCUGAGAGAAACCAGACCGACACGUUUGCAGAUUUCGACACCAUGACAGACAGGCUCCUGGAUGAGAUCGUUCAGCAUAUCCAGCUGUACAAUCUCACCAUAGGAAGGAUAAGCUUCAUCGGCCAUUCUCUGGGGAACAUCAUCAUCCGCUCGGUGCUGACGAGGCCUCGCUUCCGCUGCUAUCUGCCCAAACUGCACACGUUCCUCUCCCUGUCGGGCCCACACUUGGGAACGCUGUACAACAACAGCGCGUUGGUCAGCACAGGUCUGUGGUUAAUGCAGAAGCUCAAAAAGUCCGGAUCGCUGCUGCAGCUCACCUUCAGAGAUCACGUCGAUCCGCGGAAAACAUUCCUGUAUCUCCUGAGUCAGAAGCCAGGGCUCCAGUACUUUAAAAACGUGGUGUUGGUGGCAUCUCCACAGGACCGUUAUGUUCCCUUCCACUCCGCCAGGAUAGAGAUGUGCAAAACGGCUCUCAAAGACAGGACCACAGGCCCCGUGUACACCGAGAUGAUCAACAACCUCCUGCAGCCGCUCGUGGAGGCUAAAGAGUGCCGACUGAUCCGCCAGAAUGUGUUCCACGCUCUGCCCAACACAGCCAACACCCUGAUCGGACGCGCCGCCCACAUCGCGGUCUUGGACUCUGAGCUUUUCCUGGAGAAGUUCUUCUUGGUGGCAGGACUCAACUACUUCAAAUAAAGGUGCUAGUCCGGAACUGCAGGCUGACGGCGGCAGAUGCAGCUCACGGAAAGAUAGCGUCCUGACCUUCACUUGUAUAUUACAUGUAAAGUAUAUAUAAACCCUCAUAUCCAAGAGGCAAGGCCUGUAUAUCCCACUUUGUUAAGACCAUCAGCAGCCGGUAAAAGACGAGUGUAUUGUGUCUGUUCAAAGUGCUGGGUUUGAUGUGUAGCCAUGCAAAACGAAACAUCUGACAUCCAAAUUGGGGACUGAUUCUAGAUGUUUUAUCGGCCUUAUGAAUAACCUUUCAGCCAGAAUGCUAACAGAUGCUAAUCGCGGACUACAGCAUUUAGCUACUUUCCCUUUAUAGCUGGUGUAGAGGCUUCAUGAGGGUUCCACCCGUCAUAGACUACCCUUAGAACCGACGCAAUAGAUAAACAGCGCAGCAUUUAUCCCCUUGAUUGUAUAUUAUUUUGUUGUACAAAACAUAUACGUUCCUUUAUACAAAAAUAAAUAUAUUGUUUAAAUUA